AUGAAUGGCCCGGCCUUGGGCUUUCGUCACUUCUUGACAAAACGCUGCCAGGGUCGAGGGGGCUGCCCUGCCGCCGCCCCCUGCACGACGGGGCGGGACUGCCACCAAGGUCACUCGCUCGGCUCUACACCUACCCCUGUUGCCCCUUUCACACUGCGGGUCCCCGGCGCUGGCCACUCGGGCGCGGCGCACUUCGCACUCCGCCGCUCACUGCUCUAUUCCCUCUUCGAAUCACUGCUUCGUUUGGACACCACAAGCACCGGGUCGGGCCACAGGCCUCCACACGCGCCGUCGGCAGGGCACGCCGCCACCCCGCCGCCUCGGGGCACCGCCACGGGGCACCGCCUCACCGACGGCGCCGCGCACAACACGACGGCGAACACGAAGGGCACCGUACUAGAGUCAGCGCAGCGAGAGAAGGCACAUGGCGUGAUCCUGCCUCAUCCGCCCGCCGCCACCUCCGCCAGCACUGCCAUCUCCAUCACAACUGCCAGCGCUCGGAGGAGCCCCCGCCCUCGCACCCACUCGCCCGCGCCGCCCGCCACUCACCCACCCACACAUGCCCACAGGCUGCCCACUGGUCGUGCCCUCCUGCCCUCGUACCCCUCUUGCCCCUGGAACCCCGCUUGCCCUCUUGCCCCUGAAACCAAGUGUGCCAUCGUGCCCCUUGCAGCCCCUCUUGCCCCCAGGAAUUUACUUGCCCUCGCCCGCGUACUCUUUGCCGACUACACCUUCCCUUGCCCCCCCCCCCCCCCCCUGAGCCUCUCAGGGGCCUCACUUGCCCUCCUGCCCUAUGGAAUGCCCUUGCCCUCGUACCGUGACGGUCGUUACAGUUGCUGUUGCUUUCGUACCCUCGUGCCCCAUGGAGCCUAUCCUGCCCUCGUGCCAGAUGGAUUACCCCCUUGUCCUUCCCCAGCCCUUUGGGGUCCUCCUGCCCUCGCAUGGCAGGGCAUGGACAGCGGGUGCGCCUUGGAGCCCUCGAUUAUUCCGUAA